GGUCGGGAAUAACGUCUCCUGAAUAAUUACUGUCCGUAUAUCUGUUAAUAAUUCCCGAAACAAAUUUAUAACGUUAGUGAAGUUUGAUUGUGGCUAGCAGAGAGGAAUCGCAAUAUUGACACUGGGAUGGAGAUGUAUUCAGCUGAAAAGUCUUCAAGAAGUUGAAACGUGCAUCGUGGCUUCCAUCGCUGACCAUAAUUCAAGAUUCUGACUAGACGACAGUGUCAAGUAAAUUCAUUCAGGAUCUGCAUUUGCCAAUACUGAUCGGUUGGGACCCUUAACAUCAACAUCGGGGAAAUCCAAACUAUUCAUGGAUUGGCUGAAGUUGUAUAUUAACACCAUUGGAUGCUGGCUUAAUGGUCUAUUGGUUCAGUGUUCGUACAAGACCGAAGUUUCUGGGUCUAAGUCCUGCAUACGAGAUCGUGAACGCCCACUGUUGAGGAGUUCCGUUUCCAGUGCUUCCAGAGUAAACAACAGUAUUCAUCACAUUACCGUUUUUCAUAGUUAUUACAUAUACAAAAUGCCGUUAAUUCUGUUAUGCGGGUAUCCUUGUUCAGGUAAAUCAACCAUUGUCUCUUUAUUAGCUGACAUACUAAAGCAACAUUUACCUCAUUAUUCAAUUCUUAUUGUGGAUGAAUUUAAAAGUGGUAAUCUACAAUCGAAAAUAACAACCAACUAUGAUAUCAGAUGUGAUAUUUAUGCAGAUUCCCUAAAAGAACGUGAAUUUCGCGGUCAACAAAAAUCAGAGAUUAAUCGGUAUCCUGUUGAUCUGCUUUCGGAUAUGAUUAGCAGGUUUGAACGUCCUCAGUCUACACAGCGUUGGGAUAACCCACUUAUAACUAUUGAACCUCAUCUUUGGAACUCACCAAGCACUGAUAAUAUGGAGUCAGUAAUUAUACAAAUAAAACAGCUGCUAAACAACAGAGGCAAAGGAAAGAUCCAACCAAACAAAUCAACACAACUGACAAUUAUUUCAUCAUCUAACUACCUACAAAAUCUGGAGCAUAUCACGCAGCAAGUCGUAGAUCAUGUCCUUCGAAGUCAAACCAGUGGUCUUUCAUCAGUCGAUCUCCCUAUGUGUUUCCAAAACGAGCAUAACCGAGAUGUAGUUCUUCAAAUUACCAACUCCGAAACUAAAUACACGAUUGGCAACCUUAUACGACUUAAACGCCGAUAUAUUGCGGUACAACGAUUAAAAUUUGAUCAGUUAAAUACAGUUUCGGAUGAUGCUGCGAUUGCAACAAACUUUUUGCAGUUUAUUUCGUUCAAUGGGGAUUUAUGUGAUGAUGAAGCCAGUUAGAAAGUGACAAAAACUUAUAAAGACAAGAAUCACAAGUGAUAUUGUCAUGUAACAUAAUAUAUUUUUUUAUCGUUUGUCACACUGCUCUACAAUGGGUCUUUUGUAACGAUUUACAACAUUGAAUAGUGUAUUUCAG